ACCUGUCUUAUCCUAUCUUCCUUCCUUCCUUCUCUUCUCUACGGCGACUGAAUUUUUUUUCCCUCCCUUUCUAUAAAAAUCCGCAGCCCUCCCCAGAUCAUUUCUUAACUUUUCAUCCUUCUUACACAACUUCUCUGAACCUGAUCCUCCACUACUAUCCCCCAAAGCAUACCAUUUCUACAUCAAUUCUAAAAUCAUCCUCUUCCAUACAUACUUCUCUUCGACAAAAUUACGAAGUGUUCAUACAUAUCUUAUUAUUCGGGAACUCGGUUUGGGCUGGGAUACACGUUGGGGCCGGCCUUCUUCAUUUUUCUCUCUUAAUUAUUAUUUCAUCUCCCGUCUUACCACCGCGAGACGAUCGCCAAAAUGACUGGAUAUGAUUCUGACUCUUCAUACGACAGGGCAUCUACUGUCCGAGGUGCCCCUCUAUUCCCCAAGGAUGAGAGCCCUAAGGGAACGCAAGCCACCGGGGAGGACAGCCCGGUAUCGAUUCCCCCUCCCAGUAGUGAGGAAUCUCGAUUGAUCAAUGCGUCUAAUUCCUUUGAUCGACAAAUUGCGCCGAUGGAGAAUCAACCACCCAUCCCACAAUCCAUUGCUCCGACAACCUAUCGCUAUGGCGGAGGUGGUGUUGCCUUCCCAACUAAUCAUUCGGCUUCGAGCAGCCGCGCGGUGAGCCGAUACCACCGUGACUCUUUGUCUGGACCGACCAGUGCUUUUGCUGGCUUGUCGCCUUGGCCAACUAGUGACGUCCGUCGCCUGCCCGGCGAAGAUGAGUCGGUUUAUUCGGCACGACUAAUUGCUAGCCGAAUCCACAUGUGCACACAAUUCAUCAACCGCGCAGGAAUUUUACCGGAAUCCGCUUCUCGACACGCAGCAAUGGUAGCUGAAAUUGGUCAGCAUAUUAACUCGACCACUACUCAGCUGCGCCUCGAACGAGACGGUUUCAAGCGCGAGUGCCAAGAAAAGCGCGAGGAGCUUGAACGCGCUCUCCACGCUCAGGAUGGUGCCAAGGCCGAAAUUCUACAGAUUCAACAAGAGCUUCGACGAUCUCUUGACGUUGAGAAGACUUUACACGACGAGUUGGCUGGCACGAAGAGCCGCAUUAUUGGCCUCCAACGCGAAGCCGCUGAGAUGGAGGAUAUGAUGCGAAAAUUCCAAAAGCACCACAAGAACAUGAAAGAGGAGUGGACUUCGGCUGAUGAUGAGAAGGAAAAGAUCAUUAAGGCUCUCCAGGAACAGGUCAAGAAGCAGCGAGUUCGCAACGCAGAGCUUGCUAAGAAGGCUGGCGAAGAAGAGACCGAUAGCGAGAGUUCUGAGAUCGACUUUGCUCAGACUGCUGCCUCCAGACCCGAAAGUGAGGCCGAUGUUCUUCCUGCACACGAAAGGAAGCCUCUGGACGAGAAGACGAAGAACGACCUUCUCGAAGUUAUCAACCGAACUAAUCGCGCAUCGAUGCCUUACCAAGCCCGAGUUUCGUCGGAUGAUGAGGAUAGCGCUAUUCCGACAGUAUGGAAUGUUAAGCCAACCAAGUCAACCCAGCAAAAAUUAGGAUGGAAGUCCGAGGAGAAGGGUCCUCACGUUUCUAGUGAGGCAGGUCCAUCGGCUUGGACUGCUAAGCCCACUGAGUCGCACAAAUCGAAAGCUGCUGCGCAAGAAACUGGUGAAGGCUCCUCUGGUUGGAUGGCUCUAACCCGACGUGGUGAUCUCAAGGGCAAAGGUGUUGAGCGCCGUCCCCAAUCUGCCGCGCCACCGAAGCAAGCUCUGAUUCUCACAAAAGGAAAAGCACCCGGCCCAUCGAAGUUUCCUCGCCACAAGGAUCACUGGGAGCUUCCUGAGAUUACCGUCGGUGUUGAGCAUAUGACUUCGCUCACCAAGGGAUACAUUGUCAAUUGCCACUCCAAGGCAUGGGAAGAGACCAAUAUUCCCGACCAUAUGCUUGAGAUCCAGGAACCUUCAACCUGGAACUAUCUUCUGAACCUGGUGUACGCGAACCAGAUCGAGGCGAAGGGCCAUAUGAAGUUCCUUCUGAGCACAGUUGCUCACCGACCGUAUGUGAUCAUGCGAAUCGUCCUAGAUUUUCUCUUCAAGAAAAUCAUUUCGCCCCAGGUUUUCCUUGGCUUCAGACCAGAAGUAGACAGUCACCUACUCGCGCUUCAGAACGAAAUCCGAUCGUUUAGCCAGGCACCUAAGCACAGCAAGUUCCGUGAACGCCAAUCAGUUGUCAACGAACAUGCUAGAAUCAUCACCGACAUGUUCCGAAACAAGGCAAACGAAGUAGAUCUACAGAAGUUCAAGAAGCACACAAUUGAGCACAACGCUCAAAUGCUUUCGCUACUUCUCCAGCCUCUGCGACCCAAGUCAGUUUCGGACGAGCAAGCUUUUAAGGCGGUACGUAUCAUGGUGGAUGCGACCUAGGAGGUCAGUUCCAAGAUAUGGAUGUCCGGUAUGACACUCAACUACACAUUCCCCGAAGUCGCAUGCAAGUAUUCGAUGGCUACAAUGGACGCUUUGAACGGAUCAUCGUUUGCGCGUAGCCCUGCAGAACUACAGUACUCUCAGACCCGAGUCAGUUUUGCGGUUAG